AUGACUCGAAUUCCAGAGCCCACGCCAGUCCCUCCCUCUGCUCACAUAAAUCGCACGCACGAAAACCACAACCAAGAUCAAAAUGGGAAUAAGGACAACUUCUCCGUACCAGACAUCCAGCUCCAAAUCCGAGAUCUCAAGCACCCCGGCGCAAAGCGCUUCCUCAGCGCCGUCGACGCAGCCGAUUGCAUGACCACAGCCACUCUGAAUCUCCUCAAGCUCCUUUAUCACACCCCCUCAGACCCAGAGACAACGGUUCCGCCAACAAGCUCUGUGAGGCUCAUCCUCGAGGACAUACCUGGCGUGGCCUACACGGUUGGCCAUGGCGCGGACAACAACAUCAAGGAGAUUCACUUUUCGCUCUCAUACAUUGCGCAAAUCAACCCCUCUCGCGUGGCUGACGAAAUCAACGGCGUCGUAACCCACGAGCUCGUCCAUUGUUUCCAGUAUAAUGGCCACGGCGCUGCCCCAGGCGGCCUCAUUGAGGGCAUCGCCGACUGGGUGCGUCUUCACUGCAACCUAUCGCCUCCGCACUGGAAGCAAGAGGUCAGGGAGGAUUGGGAUGCCGGAUACCAGCACACUGCCUAUUUCCUAGAGUAUCUCGAGCAGCUCUUUGGUCACGGGACGGUUCGUCGCAUAAACGAUAAACUAAGAAGCAACGUAUAUGCCGAGGACGUUUUCUGGAUUGAGCUUUUCGGGAGAGAAGUUAAAGAUUUGUUUGCAGAGUACACGAAAUCGUUUCAAGAUUUACAUAAUUAG